GGAGACCUGCCCUCCCUGCCGGCACUGGUCGGCCAGAUCCUUCUCAUGGCGGACUUCAACAAGGAUAGCAGGGUGUCCCUGGCGGAGGCCAAGUCGGUGUGGGCCCUGCUGCAGCGCAACGAAUUCCUGCUGUUGCUGUCCCUUCAGGAGAAGGAGCACGCCUCCCGGCUGCUGGGCUACUGUGGGGACCUCUACCUCACCGAGGGGGUCCCCCGUGGCCCCUGGCAUGGGGCCGGGCUGCCAUCUGUCCUGCACCCGCUGCUGCCGUCCGCGCUGCACAGGGCCCUCCAGCAGUGGUUUGGGCCUGCAUGGCCCUGGCGUGCCAAGAUCGCCAUUGGCCUGCUGGAGUUCGUGGAGGAGCUUUUCCAUGGCUCCUAUGGAACCUUCUACAUGUGUGAGACCACACUGGCCAACGUGGGCUACACGGCUACCUACGACUUCAAGAUGGCCGACCUACAGCAGGUGGCACCCGAGGCCACCGUGCGCCGCUUCCUGCAGGGCCGCCACUGUGAGCGGAGCUCGGACUGUACCUACGGGCGUGACUGCAGGGCCCCAUGUGACCGGCUCAUGAGGCAGUGCAAGGGUGACCUCAUCCAGCCCAACCUGGCCAAGGUGUGUGAACUGCUGAGGGACUACCUGCUGCCCGGCGCCCCUGCAGACCUCCGUGAGGAGCUGGGCAGACAGCUGCGCACCUGCACCACGCUGAGCGGGCUGGCCAGCCAGGUGGAGGCUCACCAUUCCUUGGUGCUCAGCCACCUCAAGACCCUGCUGUGGAGGAAGAUCUCCAAUACCAAGUACUCUUGACGUGGCAGGCCCUGGCCACUGCCAUUUGCACCCUUCCUCAACACCUGGUUCCCGGGCUGUGGCUCCAGGUUCCAGCCAGCAGCCUCUACCCAGGCACUCGGAGAUGUUGAUUAUCAGACUGCAAGUACCCUCCCCACCCUGCAGGUCCAGGACUCUCAGCGACCCAGUGGGGAGGGAGGGGCCUGGAGCCACCAUCAGGGCCUGGCCCACUGGAUUGUUACUGCAGAACCAAAUGUAAAUAAAUGGCUUUUCUGUGAUAUCUGGGCACACAGGGUAUGGGCUAUCAAGCAGCGGAUCCCUUGUUACACCUCGGUCUAAGUCACUUCUGGGAGCCAGACAGCGGAACACACUGAGGUGUCCACCACGGGCCUAGACUCCAACCUCUGGUCCUCAGAAAUUUUACACAGCUGAAGAUCCCAUCCGUGGACUCCUGCACGCCGGGCACCCCAAGCAAGCCUUUCACCUUUAGCCAGUAUGCUGGCGACAGCGGCCGGUUCAGUCUGGGCUGGAGCCAACCAGUACAUAGUCAUCUGCUUACCAGUGACACGGAGCAUGGCUGUCCCACCCCCAGUGCAGCUUGGGGGCAAUGCACUGUUUGGUGCAGAACACUGAACAAACUUUAGCUUUCCUGAAGCUAAUUUGAUCUCAUCCUAUAUCUAAAAUAACUUUUUCCUACCUGUA